AUGGAUGCUUGGCCACCAAUCGGCAACCGUCCAAUUUCGACUAACGGUGUAUCAGGGAAUCUAGCAAAUACUCAGACAAUUGGGAAUGCAACAGCUCCGGUAGGUACUUCCUCCACUCCGGCGACGAGUUCGGCCACCACAGGGGUAACUUUCGAUCCCCAAUCCCACUCAAAUCCCUAUUUUUUGCACAUAAAUGAAAACCCUGCCCUUGAACUUGUCUCAUUCCCCAUGGAUGGUUCAAACCACCAUCCAUGGGCUAGAGCCAUGACCAUGGCAUUAUCUUGCAAGAACAAGAUAGCCUUCAUCAAUGGAGCUAUCAUGAAGCCUUCCACAGAUGAUGUAGAGAAAUAUCUGGCUUGGGAGAGGUGUAAUAACAUGGUAGUUUCCUGGAUAGCAGAAAUCAAGUGUCAAAUCUAUAGAACUAAACAAGAAGACAAUUCCCUAAAUGAAUACUUCACUAGGCAGAAAUUCUUAUGGGAUGAAUUGAGCAUUCUCAGACCUCAGAUGAACUGUGUUUGUAGUAUUAGAUGUCAGUGUGGCAAGAAGAUUGAUGAGAUGAAUGAGCAGUUUGAGAAAGACAAGUUGUCCAUCUUCUUGAUAGGGCUACAUGAAAGAUACACAGGAGCAAGAAAUCAAAUAAUGCUCAUGAGGCCUUUACCAGAUGUGAAUGAGGCAUACUCCAUGAUUGCACAACAGGAAAGGCAAUUUGAGAUGGCUGUUGGCUUUGAAAGUCAGUUACAUCAGACAGGAGAAAACAACACUGCAAGAAAUGUGUUUAUGGCCAGAACAGAUGGUGGUUUUCAACAAGGAUACAAGAAGUCUUCUGCAAAUGGCAAGAGACCUAUAUGUACAUAUUGUGGAUACACAGGUCACACUCAAGACAAGUGUUACAAAAAACACGGCUACCCUCCUGGUUGGAAACCAAAAUCAAGAAGUCAAGGUGCAAUAAAUCAGACUCAAGGUCCACCAGCAGUCCAACAGUCCAACACUGGUGGUACUUUCACACAGGAUGACUUCAGAAAUUUUAUGGAAUUUAUACAGAUGAAGAAGUCAGCUAGUACUGCCUCAGGAAAAGACUGCUUGAUGAGUUCACCCAUUGAGCAGCCCUCACAAGCCCUAGCUAACACAGUGUCAACAGAUUUUAUAAGUGAAGGUAUCAUCCCCUCUAUCAACUCUGUUAGUUGUGAUAAAUUUGGUUGGAUUGUGGACAGUGGUGCUACCCAUCACAUUGUCUGUGACUUGAAGUUGUUGAGCACUCAAGAAAGGGUUCACAAUCUUCAUGUAAAGUUGCCAAAUGGCCAGCAGGCAGCCAUCACCUACACUGGCUCAGUAUAUUUGUCUGAUGAUUUUAUCUUGAAUAAUGUCCUAUAUGUGCCUGGUUUUCACUACAAUCUGAUCUCAGUAGGAGCCUUCAUCAAGAAUUCCAGCUAUGCUAUGAAAGUCUAUUCUAAUCAGUGUGUUAUACAGGCUGCUACUCAUGGCAAGGUGAUUGGAAAAACUGAGCUGCACAAUGGACUAUAUCACCUAGUAUUUCCUGAUGUAGCUACUAUAUGCAAUUCAGUUUCUAAGGGCAUUGUACAUCAGACUUCUUGUUUCCAUACACCUCAGCAGAACAACAGGGUUGAGAGAAAGCAUGGCCACUUGUUAUCAGUUGCCAGAUCCCUCAGAUUUCAAGCCAAUCUUCCAGAAUUAUUUUGGGGUGAGUGUGUUUUACAUGCAGCUUACUUGAUUAAUAGGCUUCCCUCUGCUGCUAUUAAUAAUCAAAUUCCAUACCAAGUGCUGACUAAAAGGAUCCCUCAGUAUCAUCAUUUGAAAGUAUUUGGAUGCCUAGCUUUUGCCACCACAGUAGGCCCCAAAUCCAAGUUAGAUGCCAGAGCCAGGAAAUGCAUCUUCCUUGGGUAUGGCAACAACACAAAGGGGUAUAAAAUGUAUGAUAUCUCAUCAAAGGAGUUGUUCAUGUCCAGAGAUGUUGUUAUGUAUGAACAGGUCUUUCCUUUCCAACAGGACAAUAAUCAAGAAAGGAGAUCUCAUCAAAUGAUUCCCCCCACAAUGACUAGUAUUUCUGAUGAGGAUUCUGAAACUUCCCAACACCAAGACACUAGUAUCAAUGAGCAGGCUUGUGAUCAUUCCCCACAUCAGGUUCUUGAUCAGCUACCUGAUGAAACAGAUGUUCAGAAUCAGAUUAGUGGUCAUUCUGACCAAGCUAACUCCAGUUUACCAUAUGAAAGCCUUGAGCAGCCACCUGCUAUGCCAAAGGAUCAUCCCCAAUAG